AUGACUCAAGGAUCAGGUCCAUAUCGCAUUGGCGUCGAUGUAGGUGGGACAAACACAGACGCGGCCAUUAUCGAUAUUUCAGCUACAGAAUCAGAAUCAAGGGGUGUGCGUGCUUCGGGCAAGACUCCAACAACGACAGACGUCACAUCUGGCAUCCACACAGUGAUUGAGAAUGUGUUGUUAAAAUCUCAAGUUGAUCGGCGGGAUGUUCUCAGUGUAGCUAUUGGAACAACGCACUUUGUCAAUGCUGUUGUGGAGGCAGACGCCCGGCGAUUGAGUAAAGUCGCUGUUAUCCGACUGUGUGGUCCCUUCACAAAACAGGUGACGCCGUUUUCUGACUUCCCACCUGCCUUGAAGGAGAUCAUGGGUGGGCCGGUAUUUUACUUGGAUGGAGGUCUCGAAAUCGAUGGUCGGGAAAUUACACCGCUAAACCCGGAGCAAAUCAAGACAACUGUCCAGAGCAUUCAAGCUUCGGGAGCUAAGAUGGUGGCCAUUGUGGGUGUUUUCUCGCCACUAGACCACCAAGGUAUUCACGAAGAGACCUGUAGAAAACUGAUUCUCGAGCAAGAUCCAUCAAUGUCUGUGGUGUGUUCGCAUAAGAUUGGCGGCGUCGGGCUGCUAGAACGAGAGAAUGCGACGAUCCUGAACGCUUCAAUUUUGAAUCUCGCCCGACGUACUGUGCAGGCCUUUUGUGAGGCAAUGGUGAAGCUACGUCUGGACUGCCCGCUGUUCCUUACCCAGAACGAUGGUACAUUGACAGACGCAGUUACUGCGGCCGAGCUGCCAAUUAAGACUUUCGCAUCUGGACCGACUAAUAGUAUGACGGGUGCAGCAUACCUGGCAUCAUUAGAUCGUGGAGGAAAAGCAAAGGUCGAGACCCAGGUGCUAGUAGUCGAUGUAGGAGGGACAACAAGUGACUUGUGUGCUUUACUGCCAUCCGGAUUUCCACGACAGGCCCCGAAUUUUAUCGAGGUUGGAGGUGUACGAACCGCAUUCUCAAUGCCAGAGGUAUUCUCUGUUGGGCUUGGUGGCGGUAGUCGCGUGGUGUAUGAUGCUGAUUCUGAUACUGUUCAAGUCGGACCCGAAUCCGUCGGGCAUUACCUCACUAGCAAAGCUCUUGUCUUCGGUGGCGAUGUAAUGACAACUACGGAUAUUGUGGUUGCUUCCGGGAAAGCAGACAUUGGGGAUCCGAAGAGAGCACAUGCCAUUGACCCCAAUAUCGUUAUCAAGGCUCGGGCGCAGAUUAAAAAGAUCUUAGAGCAGUCGGUUGAUGACAUGAAGGUUUCUGAUCUCCCUGUUACAUUGCUAUUAGUCGGCGGUGGAUCGAUUGUCCAGAUGGACGAUCUAGACGGUGUCGCAGAAUGUAUAAUUCCGCCGCAUCAUGACUCCGCGAAUGCUGUUGGGGCUGCUAUUGCCAAGGUUGCUGGAGAAGUUGAUAUGAUCGAGAUUCUGGCGGGACGUGACGAGAAGACUGUGCUGGAGGAAGGGAAGUGCCAGGCCAUUGAAGCUGCAGUUGCUCGUGGAGCUGAUAUUUCCGACGUCAAGAUUGUGGCCAUCGAGAAGAUUCCACUUCAAUAUGUCACCAACAAAGCUACUCGACUCAUCAUUAAGGCCAUAGGUCGAUUGGCAUUGUCUGCCUCAACUCAAUCACCUGCAAAAGGGAGGACAUCAAGCGAAGCGUUGAUCCAAUUCGAUACAGAGGAUGAACCGGAAAAGCAAUUCAAGCAACAGGCAGGUGCUGACGCUCUCAAAUCUGCAGUCAAAUACUCACUCAGCAUCGAUAUCGACGCCUACCAGCCUGAUGUACGUGAUGGUGUAUGGUAUAUUGCUCCUGUGGAUCUAGAAUUUAUGGCAACCGGCACUGGCGUUCUCGGAACAGGUGGCGGCGGUCCAUCAUAUAUCCAAUACCUUCAAUGCCUGGAAAGUCUCCGAAGCCCAGGUGCAGAAGGAAAGAUGAGAGUGGUGGCUCCUUGUCAUCUCAAAGACUCUGAUAUUUGCGUCUUUGGUUCUUGGUAUGGAGCGCCCAGCGUCUCAGGCGAGAGAAUGCCAGCUGGUUCUGAGAUAAUGACUGCUAUUGAUUUCUCACUCAAAAUGGGUGGCCAUGAUCAUUUCGAAGCUGUCAUUGCUGACGAGAUUGGAGGAGGAAAUGGUAUGUCCACGUUCCCGACCAGUGUGUACUAUGACAUCCCCGUUGUUGACGGCGACUUAAUGGGACGUGCAUAUCCCUCUAUGGAGCAUGGGACACCAUACGUAUAUGGAGAGUCCAUCACCCCAUGUGUGAUCGCAGAUGGAAAGGGCAAUACGGGAGUUGUUAUGCAAGCGGAAUCCAACGCUCGAGUUGAAACCAUGUUACGCGCACAUUGCGUCGAUCUGGGACUCAAGGUUGCUGUGGCAGCCACGCCAUUGAACGGGGAAGUGAUUAAGAAAUAUGCAAUUCCCAACACAGUGUCGCAGGCCUGGUAUAUCGGGCGCGCAAUUCACAAAGCCCGAAGGUCGAAGACAGAUCUGAUCAAAGCUCUCUUUGAAACGACUCCAGGAAGGCUUCUGUACAGCGGCAAAAUUAUCGACGUCAAGCGAGACGUAAGCCGCGGCUAUACAAUGGGCAGCUGUACUAUCGCACCGCUGGGCAGUGAUGAGAAGGACAACGCAAGUCCAACGUCAGAAGAGAGCCGUUGCCUGGUUAUUCCAUUCCAAAACGAGUUCUUAUACGCUGCGUACGCUGAUGUUGCUGAUCCGGAUAAUUCUUCUCGCCACGAAGUCAUUUGCACCGUUCCCGAUCUGAUCUCUGUAUUGGGACAGGAUGGUGAGGCUAUUGGAUCUCAAGAGCUUCGAUAUGGCCUUCGUGUUAAUGUCAUUGGUAUGGCUGCACAUCCGUUGUGGACUGAGGAUGCGCGUGGCUUGCGUGUUGGAGGACCUGAAGGCUUUGGGUUGGAUAUGGAGUGGAAGAGCUUGGGACCGUAUCAGGAGCCUAGAAGUGUAGUGCACGAGUUCAACACAGUAGCUGAGUGA